CUGCGGGUUCGGUCUUGUCGACAACGCCACCUGGUUGCAAUUGUGAUUGUAUAGUGUGGAACACUAUCAUCUCUUAUGAUGGGAUGGGCUUAGAUGUUCCUGACAUGCUAUUGUCACUGUUUACAAUCAGUGCAGCCGGCGCAUUGAACCAGCAAACUCCUACAAAAGGGGUAAAUACGAUGACUCGAGGGUUUCAAGACAGCCUAACUAGUCUAUCUUAUUCCUGCAGCUACCCUCUCUGUACACCCCUGGCGAGCCUGGGCUCAGCUCGAAUACCACGCCGCGGCAACAGCAUCCCCGGAUGCUGUAACUGAUGUUUCGUUCCUGGAGCAUCGGUACUAGUCGAGUGCAACUAGCACAAGGCGAAGAUUAACAACAACUCUGUUAAGGUCGCGAAUAAGCCGGAGCGCUUUCUUUGAACCUGUCUCGAAAGGGGCAGGUGGGUGGAAAGGGCUUGACUUAGUCGAUCGAACAUAAAAUGUGUAUUAAAGGCUGCUAUCUAGCAUGGCCUUCAUUAGAAUUCAGUGCAUUAUACCUGCCAUAACAACACAACUUAC